AUGGCUAGAAUAUCUCCUCUUGGUCUGUGUCUUUUUGCUGUCAUAUUCACGAUCAGCGCAGCCCUGAAGCGUAAGGGUGCCAUGGAGCAAAUUCUUGAAGCCAACAUGAAUCCAGGUCAGUGGUCGGAACUGUUUAUUAUUAUUUUUCAAAUAUUCCACUACCUUGCCACAGCACGAUAGAAUUGCUGUACCAUUGUCUUAAGGGUAGCACAGGAAAGUACCCAUUACACCACUGGAAAGUACAGCUCAAUAGCUUUCGUUUGAGUCGCCAUCGCUAUGCACAAACUCAAAAGUUGCAUGGAACCACACUGAGCUGCACAGUGAACAGUACGAUGAAAUAGUACUCACAGAAGCUUUCACUUGAAUGGUUAUACCUUCGGAUUCCAUCCAGACUCAAAAGUACCACCUUGUACAGCAUAAAAACAGCACCACCGGAAAGUACUGCUCAGUAGCUUUCAUUUGAAUGGUCACACUUUAGGGUUUCAUCCAUAGACUCAAAAGUUAGAACCACCUUGUACAGCAUAAUAAACAGUACCACGGGAAAGUACUGCUCAGUAGCUUUCAUUUGAAUGGUCACACUUAAGGAUUCCAUCCAUACACUCAAAAGUUAGAACCACCUUUCACAGCACAAUAAAGAGUACGACAGGAAAGUACUACUCCGUCGCUUUCAUUUGAAUUGGUUACACUUUAGAAUUCAAUCGAAAGCAAGGCUCGAACGUAGUGACUUCGCAAUAACCCUGACCCCAUCCUUGGUUUCUAGUAUCCUUAUUUCAACGAUGGUGGCCCUAUAUAUAUUGACUCCCUUUACAGAUCCGCAUCAAAGUCCUCCAGGAAAACAUUUGUCCUUUUAUCAGGGAGACAUCAGACUGUCAAAGGAACAAGCUGAGAAUCUUAAGAAAUAUGGGGACCCGUCGAAAAAUUCGGCCAACUCUCGCGCGGCGAGCAGCGUGGAAAGUGAGCGGUGGCCAAACGCUGUCAUUCCUUACACAUUUGACUGCUCCGUAGGUAAGGCGAAGAGAAAAAUGAAAAUUAUUAUCAUACAUUUUUCAGCCGAACCCCUUUAAUACGGACACUCAGGGAGCAAUAGGAAGUGUCCGUAUUAACUAGGUGUCCAUAUGUUGAAAAAAGGUCUACAGUUAACCUACAGUUAAAGCAGCUGUGUCACGAAAUUCAGCCGAAUCAGGAAAUUUCAAAAUGCCCGUUAAAUUAAGAGAAACUUAAAAAUAACCGCUUAAAACUUUAAAGGAAGGUUAAAAUAACAUAACAGAAACAACAGAUGCCACGGAUGGGCAAAACUGAAGAAGAUUGUGAAAAGGAUUGAAAUUAGGGUUUUUGAAAACUGUUCAGCCUAACAGUUUUUCAAAGUUGAUCCCUGCUGCUUGCAACUUUAAAACUAAUGCUCAGGAGAUAUAUUUGUUUGUCUCGGAUCUCUGAUUUUGUCAUUUACAUGUAAUUUCUUUGCUUACCUUAAGUUCCAUAGCGAUUAAGGGCGAGUAAUUGGCAAACGUAAACACAAGAACUGGACUACCGUGACACAGCCCCCUUAGUUUUGAAAAUCAGUGUGGAAAUCGGUGUGUUUGUCGUUAUUUUCUUCAAAAAAAUAAAUGACAAAACAAUUGUUAGACGCAGCUUUUGAUUAUUCCAGUUAUAACUACUCAACGAAAUAUGGCGUUUCUUGUUAGCGGAUAAUGGGCUUCAGAUUGGGACAAGAGACUAGGCAGAAAGACUCUAAAAGCUGUAUGCCCAAUCAAAUUUCAUUCUAUUGAUUGACUUUUUUCAAUUUUAGAAAACAUGGAAAGCGCUGUUCGUUCUGUCCUGAAUGCUAUGAAGCAGUGGGAGAGAAAAACGUGUCUUAGAUUUGUGCCCAGAACCAACGAGAAAGCUUACUUGGAAUUCUUUAAAGACCAAGGGUAAGUUGGUGAUACAGUGAUAAUAAAACCUCGCUAGUUUCUCGAUGUUGCGGACAGCUGCAGUAACCAAAUGAUCCCUAUAAUUUUCGGAUCACUAGACUUUCAGCUAGGAAAUCCGAACAGAUGAAAAAUUUUUAGGGGAUAAAAGAAUCCCUAUAUCUACCGUUUAAAUACUAAAAUACGUUCGACAACGCUAUGUUUGUGUGGUUUUGAACUAUAUUCUCGUUGGGUGCCCCUGGAUACUCGACAAUAUCCACAUCACAAGAUAAAAGCGAACCAGUAAUGGUUUCUGCAAUAGCAAGAAACACUUAAAACCCCCGACAAGGAAUCAUUAGCGUGCGAGCAAACUCUCCGGGGUGCUCUGGCGUCGGGGAGGGAAAAGGUAGGAGAGCUUUGAGCUACGUCUCUGGAAUAUUUGAAUUCCACCUUCAAUUCCCCUGUGGCUCCCCGUCAACUGAGGCAUCAGGAAUUUUUAGACGUUUAUCAGCGAAUAGACACGCUUACUCUUAAAUGACAAUUCCCAUGUCGCACACAUUAACUUUCCGUGCACUUAACCACACACACCCGCAAUGGGCUACUUUCCCGAUGACGUCAUUUUACUACUAAGACCAGAAUCCUUCAGUGUUUUUUUUUUUCUUUUGCAAAUUAGGGCUUUUUUUAUUUAAACCACACUGAGAUUAAAUAUAAAAAGAAAAACGAAAAUGAUUCUGGUUGUAGUAGUAAACUGACGUCAUCGUGCAAAUGGCCCGUUGUUUCUCAGUUGCUGGGGUCAUGUGGGGCAUCAAGGCUACAAGACCCAGAUCUCCAUCGGCAGCGACUGUGAUUUUACCCACGUAAUGGUGCACGAGAUUGGACAUUCAGUUGGAUUCUGGCACGAGCAGAGCAGGCCGGACCGUGACAGUUAUAUCACUGUCCUAUGGGAGAACGUGCUGCCAGGUAAGAUUGCGUUACUUUCGUUUACCAUUGUGAUCAAGUUUUUACUACUUAACAUUACUAAUAUGACGUUGUGUUUCAUGCCCUUUUAAAUGUAUUUAGAUUUCAUCAUGAACAGAGCUUUUUUUUAACUGGCGAAAACUUUAUACAGUCGACUCCUUCUUAACGGACACCUCUGUAAAACGGACACUUAGAGUUGGUCCCUGCCUUUCUUUAUUCCUUUUAUUUGACUCUCUAUAAGACGGACACCUCUCUAAGACGGACAGCUAGUGCCGGUCCCAAAGGUGUCCGUCUUAGAGAGAGUUGACUGUAAAACUAUGAAAACGUUAGCAGUACCGCGUUAAGCUCAUCCAGAUGUUGUUACUCUUAAUCUUACUCUCCCACGCCUUUCCCACCUUUCAGGUUUGGAAGAUGCCUUUGCUAAAAGGAAAUGGGGCACUGAGGUGGUGGACUAUGGAGUUCCUUAUGAUUUCGAGUCCAUCAUGCACUACCCUUUCACCGCUUUUUCUAAAAAUGGCAAACCUACAAUCCGUAAUAAAGUGUCUAUGAAUGGAAAGGUUCCGUAUGUGGAGUUAAGCGAUGGAGACGCGCAGCAGACAAAUGCGAUGUACAAAUGUAACGGUAAGAUUUUGCAUUACACAGCGUCGUCUCCAGGCAAAUUCGCGCUAUCCGAGUGAGUGGAGGAGGCUUGGAACUGAUCGAGCACAAAAGUCUGGCGAUAGUUUAUAUGCGAACAUGCUUGACGGGUGACGUCACAGUCAAUCUCGCCGAGGAGGACUGUUAACGAGGCUAUCCUUAUCUAUUCCAACCACAAUGCCCAGGUGGAAAAUCUGGGUCAUUAUUCGUUUCCGGGAAACUGCCCACCCACCCCUCCCCUAAACCGACAUUUUGCCCUAAGUGAGAAGUGAGUGUUAAUGUUGACUUAGGGGAGGGGUAGGUGGGCAGUUUCCCAGAAACGUAUCAUGAAAAUCUCUGUUUCAUUUGUGUAUUUUUCAACGAGCAUUUUUUCGAGGGACUGGAAAAAAUUACAGUACUUGGAGAGCGGGUGGGUUGUAUUAAAUGGGACAGCCCUCAGUAAAGAAAAUGAUCAAAUGUCUCAAAGUUUGGGGCAAAACACCUUUGGUUGCAACAAGGAUAUAUUUAAUAGUGGGUUGUUUGUAAAGUUGGGUACCACAGUACCACUGGGAACUACUGGACCGUUUCAUUCUGAUCGUUUUUUCCCAUGGCAAUGGUAUAGACUCCUUUAGCUUCAGAAGACUCCUAUGACAUCUCAAAUCAGAGAUCAAAAGUUCUCUGGAAAAUUUCUGAUUUCUUCUGUAAUGUCUUUAGUUGUGAUGAGGAAAAGAGCCAUAGAUGACUUCAGCACCUUCAAGCCAGUUCCACGUAUUCAAAAGCGAAGUAAGUGUUUUCACUCGUUUUUCGUAUUUUAGGGUGGCAAACGCAUCACGCCGAUUUUAUAAGCUACACGCAUCACGGAAAAAUCAAAUACAAUAGUAACUACAUAAACAAGCAUUGUAUUAUCAUUUGAUCUAAGGAAAUCAGAGGUCGAGGAACGAGGAAAAAGGGCAGUAAUUUGGCCCCUAUAACGCGUCACGGAAAAUCCCUUUGCCACCCUGUUUUUGGAGUUAGCAAGUUGUUAAUUUAGGGUUGUUGAAUUUCAAAUGGCAGAAUCGAACUUAAUGAGAUGGGUUUUUUUUAAAUGCAUGAUCAAGACCGGCGAUCAUAUGGAAACGCCUGUUUACUUAAUGCUGGACGACCCAGAAGAUUGGGUCGGAUCACAAAGUGAUCCUUGCUUCGAGUGAUCGAAAUAGUUUGGGGAAACCUGAAGUGUAUAUUUAAGCCAGUUUCCGUAAAUCGUUUGAAAAAAUCAAGGCAAUAAAAACGUACCAGAUGCUGAUUAUAGGGAAACAAAACAGUUCUAGUUAUUGCGGAAUUCGAGUUAGCAGGGUAAAUUUCACUGAAAUUGUGAUCAAGGGAAAGAUAAUUUAGUUCGAGUUAUCGAGGUUCUACUGUAUAUGUACUAAAGUUUUAACUGCCUUCACCAGGUUCCGGCGUGUGCAAAGAUGACGCCCCUACGCAAAACUGCCAAGAAUGGAAGAAAUUCAAUUACUGUUCCGAUAGGCCAGACGACAUGUACACCUGGUGCAAAGUUACUUGCAAUUUAUGUAGCAGCGGUGAGUGCGCGCAACUUUCGCAAUUAAACUGAAUGACUUUGGCAUGUAGAUGCCAAGUCGCGUGUAAAUGUCCCCUUAAAUAAACUACAUGGUGGAAAGUCUUGUGUAAUCGCUGCAGCAGCGGGAAGGUACAGUUAGCUUCCAUAAUGAAAAAGACAACGACUUUGUUGACGCAUACCUCGGGGGAAGGGGCACUAACAGGAAACUUUAUAAGAGGUGUGCCGCAGAAGCCUUCAAAGUCUUAACCUAUUCAACACAAAAUCGUUCAAUUGCCUGCCCUGUAUCUAAGACAACAGACCUUUUUUCAUGACCCUGAUUCAUUUCGUUUUGCUAACGAAAGUUCACGUAAUUUUUGAAACAAACAUCAUGGAAUCAGAUUUUUGCAAGAAAAAUGUCGGUACCACUCAAAUGUAUGACUGUUCAUCACCACCCUUUAAAGGUGAUGAACCAACCUUACAGGCUUUCGGUCCAGAAAGGACACCCUAUUCCCUCCUUUGCAAAGUUGAUUUCUAGGGCCAUUCCAUUAGAUGGCCACCAACCUCCCCAACGCCCCCCCCUAACCCCCAUGGAUGAGGUAGUUUACUUUUUCCCCUUAAGAAAAAAAGAUCAAAAGUAUCGACACAGCGCCCCCCCCAAGUCCUUUUUUUCGUCUUCCCUUUUCGAAAAAAGGGAAUUUUUUCUCAGAAAUAUUUCUGAGUUCAAAGGGUGCCGACACUGCCACUCCCUCAGAAAUAACUUUUCUAGGCGGUGACCACCUGAGCUGGAGAAAUCUCAUCCAAAGGGGGGUACGGAUAUUAAAUGGCAUGGCCGUUGUUAAGUUGAGAUUACAAUGUUGCCAAUCAUGUUGCCAUCGCCUAUUAGCGUUUUUGUGCAAACUCUCCAAAGCGCGUGGCAAACUUCUGAAAAAAAAAAAAACGUUUUACGAUAGGGUUACAGAUAUAUUCUUCAUUUACUCUAGAUUCCUGCAUGGAUAAGAACGGUAACUGCCCAGCAUGGAAGCAGUACGGACAUUGCCAGAACAGCCCAGAUAUCAUGAAAGAGCACUGUUCGUACACCUGCAACUUCUGUAAUGGUAAGUGAGUCUGUUACUAGUUAACUACUUUCACUUGGUGGUUUAAGCAGCGACGCAUGUCAACCGGAAGUGGACGUUUUGCACUCUUGAGCAGUGAUUUUGGUUUCUUUUUUUGCUAGAUCGUCUCUGUUAAAGUAAAGACAUUUAGCAAUACAAAUUUGCAAGCGUCAAGGAAUAUUUUAAGGGGAAAAGGCUCACUUCCGUCGCUCAAAAAAGUUGCUGCUUAAUCUCCCUAUUAUUCAUUCAAAACUAUUCUGGUUUCUUAUUGUUUUACUCCCAGCCUACCUUUUAUUUCAUAACAAUGACCAAAAUUGAAUGUUUUCCUGGGGUCAUCCAAUUAUUAUUAAAGAAAAAAUAUUCUACGAAUGACGUCAAUUUUCCAACAACAGAUUAUUCCGUGAUGUGACACAAACCCAUUGACGUGGUGCUUUAGCUUUUAAUACUUGUCGAACUCGAAAUUGUCGAAGAAAGGUACACAGAAUAUGAAAGAUAGCAAAAAGAAGGCAAGCAAAGUAGUUAAAGGUCGUGUGAUUGCUUUUACAGCUCCACCUACCGAACGUCCGACACCUCCUCCCCCUCAGACGACAUCUAAGCCCUCUCCGCCAACACCAUCCACCCAGCCACCUAAACCUCCUACAGGCACAGGGUCACCAACUGCAGUACCACCAACUUCCAGUCCAGCAGGAGCAACGGGUAUGUACAUCAAUAGUCCUUAGCAGGGGGAUACAUAAAUACGAAAAAAAAUGUGCUCUAUCUCAUUCUGUACUGGACAAAAUCUCUUUAUUAUAUAAACGCCAAUGAGAUACCAGGUGAGCUUUCUCGCGAAAACUUGAUAUCUUCACAUGUGAAAAUAUCACCGUUGCUAUGGCUACCUAAUAAAUCGCGCCUUUCAUACCAAAAAACUAUUAAAGUGAAAUGGUUUGGUAUUUCAUUGGUGUUUAUAUAGUAAAUAGAACAUUACGUUGCCACUUAGCGAUACGAAAUUUCUCUUCGAGUGUUGAAAAAUAUUUUACGAGUGAGCGCAGCGAACGAGUGAAAUACUUUUUCAACACUCGAAGAGCAAUUUCGUAACUCCGUGCGGCCGUGUAAUAUGCGCUAUAUGUCUUAUUUCUAGAAAUACGUGUAUCGCAGAAUCUCGCGAGGCUCUUGGUAGGUGACCGGUAAAGUGUUUAGGAUGAGAGGGAGGAUGGGGUAAAUGGUGUAUGACAGUGGUGAUAACGGGUUUCACAAAUAUUGAAUUUCUAGUUGUUCUUUAGUGUCCUUGUUACUACUUCGGACAAUACCUCCUGAAAUUAUUUUGAGGACUUCCAGUUACGUCGGAAUUAGUCUUUCCGCCUGCGUAUCUUCAGAAAUCAAUAGGUCUUAUCACAGUUUUCGACGCCAUCUUGACGAGUAGGCAACCGCGUGAGAAAUUACAGUGUUUGUAUGAGAAUCUAAUUUCUGUAAAACGGCUCUUCUGAAAAAAAUAUGAACUGUAAACUAAAGCUACAGACCAAAGGAUAUUACUAUCAAAUUCUGGGGGCCGUUACCGUGCUUAAAUUUCUCCAGACACUUUUUUCAGAUUUUCCACAUAUUUGUCUGCAAUAUUUCCCGGGAAACGUUUACAGGCAAAUGUAUAGAAAAUUUUAAGAAGUGGUUCUAACGCAUAAAGCUGCAUGUAACCACCUCAAAUUUUUUCAGAAGAAUCGUUAGGAGUGAAAAUUUAGUUUACAAUUCAUAUUUUUUUCAGAACAGCCGUUUUACGGAAGUUUUUGGACAUUAGAUUCUCAUACAAACACUGUAAUUUCUCACACGGUUGCCUACUCGUCAAAACCGUGAUAAGGCUCAUUACUUACUUAUACCACAAAAUUUGGGUUAAGCUCCUGUUUUGGAGUGGGUGUGUUGAUGCUCUUGAGUCCCAGGGUUUCCAGUACGUAUAAGGCUUGUGUAUUAUUGUUACAAUUUUACCCUUGUGUAUUACAGGUCUUCGUUGUGUUGACAAGACUGGAGGCUGCUCAGAUUAUUCUGCUGAUGACUGCGCUAAUUCAGGCUGGGUCCUGAGACAUUGCCGUAAGUCCUGCAACGCCAAAUGUGACAAAGCACCUCUCAAGCCUCAAGGUUUGUCAUUGGACAGUUGUUGUGAUAACUACAUACCCUGUAUGAUGCAAGUAACUUUGACUAUAGACAAACAAAACUUAUCGAGUUUCCUCCUGUGAGGGAUUGAUGGUCUUUUUGCCUUUCAAAUCGGGUGAGGACAAAACGUUAUGCGUCAGAUACUAUAUCAAAUGCAAUUUUCAAUCAUCCAAUCUUCUUAGACUCACGCCUACAGAGUUACCUUCCCUUUUGUUGUGUAUUAAAUUGCGUUCAAUAUUCUCCAAAAUGUACAAUGAAGUGCUUCUUGUUAAUAAAGUAAAAGCAAUCCUUUAAGAAGCAAUUUUGACAACUUGAGCAGUUGUUGUUUUGCUCAGUUGAUGCUUUAAAAUCUGCUUUUUCUUCAGGAUCAUGCGCAGAACCACUUGGUCUUGGCUGGGAUAACAAACUUCCCGACAGCGCUUUCACCGCAUCUUCAGAGCUUUCUCCUGGUAAGUUUACACACACUAAAGACUGGUUAUCAAAUGAAUGCAACUAAUGUAAUAAAGAUUGGCUUGCAAUGCAUCUAUUGUAAAUAAAAUAACGAGCCUAUUUUUGAGCAUGUUAGCUUUCAGUCGUUGAUCCAAUUUUAAAUUUAUGUUACGUAUUGUAUCGCUAUGAUAAUUGAAAACCUAAUGUUGGAUCAAUUUAUGUACUAUUUUCUCCGCAUCAUUGACCGUUUUUAUGCAAGAGACGUUAAGGUCUACGUUUAAGGUCUACGUUUAAGAGCAGACGACAGCAGUGAUAAAAAAAAGAAUUUUUCCUGACUCUUCCCAGUCAAUUCUGGACAAGUUGGGCAUAAAUGCGUUCCAGGUUACGGUGUCCCAUUUUUAUACUAGACGCAUACAACGUCUGAGACCCUAAAAUCGUCUGUUAAGUGCGUCUGAACGACUCGCUUAAAUGGAGGCUUUAAAGUCGUCAGACAUUAGAUGCGUCUGUCUUAUUAACGGUUUUUAUAAUAGACGCAGAAGUCGUCCUAAAACGUCGACAUUAACGUGUCUAGCAUAAAAACGGCCAUUCCUUAUUAGAUCUUUGAAUGGAGCAUUAUACAUUUCAGGGAAACUGCCCACUUACCCCUCCCCUAAGCCCACAUUUUGCCCUAAGUGAGAAGUAAGUGUUAAUGUUGGCUUAAGGAAGGGGUAGGUGGGAAGUUUCUCAGAUAUGUUUGAUGAUCCGAUCUUCCUCAUUUCAUUACACUAGCUGUUUGAUAUUUAUUGCAGGUGGUGGUUGGUGGGCGUUGGCUAGUAACGCACGUCUUUAUUUUGAAGAUGACUAUAGUAGCAAGCGCAUUGGCAGUUGGUGUGCAGUGGAUAGAAACCCGCAGUGGCUGAAAAUUGACUUGGGCCAGAUGAAAACCAUCACCGGAAUCGCCACCCAAGGUUAUAAACUGAAAGUCAUAAUUGCACUGUACACAUACACUGUAAAUAAAAAAGCUCUCUUUUAGCCCUAAAAGUGGGGCCAUUUCGGUGAAUCCAACACAGCCCUAUUCUUCGGGGGGUCUAAUUUGGCUUCCUUAAUCAGGGCUCAAACACGGUUUAAUUACCUAGGGCUGAUUUGGACCCACAGGCUAAAGUGAGUUUCAGCGUGGGCGGGAACAGCUUUGAUGGGGGUGUUUGGGUGUAAAUUGUGCUCAAAUGGCUCCCAGAGAGACUGAAUCAGACUCUGGCCUGCAGAGCUGAAGUGGCACUUUCGGGCUGGAAAAGAUCUUUUUAAUUUACAGAGUAGGUUAAACUUGUGUUUCUCGCAGAAGUAAAAAAUCUGAAGCUUGUCUGAUGAUCUCUGAGCUUAGUAUUAACAGCAAUACGCAAUAGUAGGAAAUCAUUUAUAUAGCGCAUCAUAUAUAUAUCCUUUCAGUUCAUGGCGCUUUACAAUAUAAAGGAGGUGUUCGUUAAAGACUUAAAAAAGAAUCAAUCACGUUACAUGUGUAGGGUGCUUGUCUCGGGUCUUGCCUUAAAGAACGACUCAUUCCAAUUCAAUUUAACUUAUUCUUUUCUUAGGACGUGAUGUGUUUACAGAACAUGUUGCAAACUACGAGCUUGCCUUCAGUAACGAUGGCAGCACGUGGAAGAACUACGAGGAAAAUGGACGAUCAAGGGUAAGAUUAAGCUGGUACAAGGAACUAAACAUUAUAUGGGCUUAGUGUCUCUUAAAACAAAAUAAUAUUUUAUCCUGUCUCAGGCUUUCCUCCCUGUUACAAAGUUGAAAAUCACUCGAGCUUAAGCUUUGCAAAAUUAAAGCGAGCCUUUUAAACAGCAAGCGAGGGGUUUAUACUGUCGAUACUAAUAAGAAAAUCGGAGAAGUUCAAAGGGGGUUUUAGCUGAUGGUGUUGCUAUCAUUCACGGUUAGAUUAUACUUAACGUAUUUUCGUAUCUAGGUAUUUGACGGUAACUGUGACAACUUCACACCGGUUUUAAACAGGUUUAAUCCGGUUCAAGCUCGUUAUGUGAAAGUGCUGCCCCAUGAUAAUCCUUCCUCGUGGGUGUGUAUGAGGGUUGAGCUGUAUGGUUGUGACGCUUGA